ACUUUCGGAUCUUCGGUACUAGGGACCCUAUGAACAAAUAAACGAUACAAAGAAAGAAAGAAACGCGUCCGAUCUGAAGAAGGAUUUUUUUUUCCUUUCUGAAAUCUCUCCAGACUGAGAGAAUCGUUGCGGGUGAGAGAUUAAGAGAGACAGAUUUAUCAAGAAGCUCCAUAUCUUUCUGAUAAAUUCUUAUUACCUUCCCGGCAUGGAUCUCAACCCGCCUGCAGGAGAAAAUUAUGCCAACCCGAAGACAUGUCUCUUUCAUGUUAUUUUCAAGGCUGCAGCAUUGGCAUUUUACAUUCUUUCUGCCCUCUUCGUUAAUAGCUUUGUCAUCAUUUUCGUGGUGACUGUCCUUCUUGCCGCUCUUGAUUUUUGGGUAGUCAAGAACGUCAGUGGUCGUAUUUUAGUUGGUUUAAGGUGGUGGAAUGAAAUAAAUGAUCUUGGUGAAAGCAUAUGGAAAUUUGAAUCUCUUGACCAAGAGUCAUUGGCCCGCAUGAACAAGAAAGAUUCAUGGCUGUUCUGGUGGACCCUAUACCUUGCGGCGGCUGCUUGGAUUGUUCUUGCAAUAUUCUCUCUCAUAAGGCUUCAAGCUGAUUAUCUCCUUGUUAUAGGAGUUUGUUUAACGCUCAGUAUUGCAAAUAUUGUUGGCUUUACUAAAUGCCGAAAAGAUGCUAAGCAGAAGAUUCAACAAUUUGCUUCCCAGACCAUUGCAUCUCGGGUCACAUCCACCAUACAAUCGGCAUUCAGUGUUGUUUGAGUCAUUCAUCAGAGAAGAUGGAAAUAAAACAGGAAAGCACUUGUGAAAAGACUUUGAGAAGUGGACGAGGCAUGUACAUGCUCAUUAAAUUGGCAAAUGAGAUCUUACUGAACUUGUGUACGACACAAAACACUGAAACUGCAGCUUAGAAAGUUUUUUUUUUUUUUUUACUUAUUAUAUUUUUGGUCUAAAACCUUUUAACGGUUUGUAUGAAGAACAUGAGAUGCAAUAGUAGAUAAAUCAGAUGAUAAUUUUGCCUGUAAAA